UGUGGCCAACAGCUGAUUAUGUAAACAGACUCGGGAAGUGUGUGGUGUUUCCUGUGGCCAUUAAGAUGAUAUAGAUGGUCGUUUGAUGAUUUGUAGAGAAGUUGUUGGAAAACUUAAGUCAAGUUUAAGCCUUGAGAAGACCACUCUUUCUGUUGGUAAUACUGAAAUAGAAGACAAGAGGCAUUAUGCAGGUGCGAACUUUAGUGAGUUUAGCACGGACGGCUGUCAACAUUUGGCCUGAGGCUGCACAUGGGACAGUAAGAAACUCCCUACAAACAAGCAAAACUUCUUCACAACUUAUAUACAACAAUUUCAUGCGUCCAUACUGUAGUGACUUAAGGAUCUACACUCGAACGGGAGAUAAAGGCGUCACGAGUCUCUUUACUGGGGAACGUUUGCCCAAAGAUGAUCUCUUCUUCAACGCUCUGGGGACAACUGAUGAACUCUCUUCCCAUGUAGGGAUGGCUAAGGAAUAUGCAGAGGAGAACAACCAUGAGUAUGCCGAUCAACUGGAGAGGAUUCAGUGCAUCCUUCAAGACAUCGCCACCCUCCUGGCCACGCCCCGGCCCCAGCACACUGCUAAUGACCCAGAGAGAGAGGCACGUAUCCGGGAGAGGCUCGCCUUCAACCCACGUCAUAUAACUGAGUUAGAAGGCUGGAUUGACAAGUAUAGUUCUCGCCUUCCUCCUCUCACCAAUUUUAUUUUGCCUGGUGGUGGCCGGGUGAGUGCAUCUCUUCACAUUGCGCGAACAGUGUGUCGGCGAGCGGAGCGGAGUGUUGUGCCCCUGACCACUGAAGGCCUCGUUGAUGAACAGGUUAUCGUCUACAUGAACAGACUGAGUGACUACCUCUUCACAGUUGCAAGAUAUGCAUCUUCACUGGACGGCCACAAAGAAACCAUUUAUAUUCGACCACAGCCUCAAAGGUCUUCGGAGAAGGUGGAGAAAGAUCUGUCAGAGAGCCAGGAGAUAAUCCGAAAUGAUGGCUGAGCCGAAUUAAAUCGACUGAACAACUUCCCCAUACAAAAAAAAUUAGCACCAAUAUCAAAAUAAAAUAAGGUACAGUACAGUAUUUUCUUGGGUAUAGUUGUCAGGUUCAGUUUAAAAUGAGGUAAAGGAAAACCGUUUUAAUUACUCUGUACGGUAUUGUAUUUCAUAUAGAACGCGGUCAAUUUCUUCCCUCUAUAUACAUCUAUGUAAUCUUACAUGACUGAUAAAUGCAUGAAAUCUUAUAUGACAGGGAUUAACAGUACGUAUAUCCUAAAAGCUUAAAACCUGGAACACCAUGUAAGCUGUCAUGUAUCAUAUAACCUCGAUGAUAACUGCUUUACUUACAUUUCUGUUAAUACUCCUAAAGCAACUUCUGACAUGCUUAUACCUAUAAAAGAAUAACUGCACUUUCAACUUAUAAAUCGGGGAAGAAGAAAUAAGAGAAUGUGUAUUACAGCCUCCGCCUAAUAGUCAAGAGGUUAGUACAGUAGACUUGUCUGAUUGUCUCACUUAUCUCUCUCAGUAUUGUAUAAAUUGUAUUAUUUUUUUUGUUAUGUCUGUAAACUUGUCUUAUAAAUGCUUCCAAGUGA